UUGAAGAUAAGUUUUGUAAUCUAUUAAUUUCUCAGUCCCUCUAGUCGGGUGGGCGUCGGCCGGUCUUUCCUUUCCACCAGAUCCCCCUAAAAACCGUACGUGCGGGUCUCCCCGCAUGUGGCUCACGCCAUUCAAGGUGGUCCAGCCCAGCAUUCAUUCGAAAAUCCUGUAGUGAAAUUGAAAAGGGCAUUUAAAAUUUAUAAAUAGAGCGCGGACAAUCAGAAUUCAUUUUGAUGGCGCGAAUCUUAUCAUUCUUCGUUGAGCAAUUCCUUAACUCCAGCUCCCAUCACCAUCCGCCUCAGCUUCACAAAUUCAGGUGUUUCUCCUCGGAAACCAACUGUAAUUUCACUGGUAAUCAUAAAAGCACCAAACAGCGAAUGAGGCAGAGCUCCAAAAGGCCCAAAUCAACGACAAAAACCAGCACGGCUAUAUCCAUGGCCCGACUCAUUAACACAAACUCCUGGUCAAGUGAGCUCCAGUCGUCUUUCUCUUCUCUAGCCCCAUCUCUCUCUAAAACCACCGUUGAUCAAACUCUUCGCCUGAUUAAAUCUCCGCAAAAAGCCCUUCAAUUUUUCAACUGGGUUCAGCAGAUGGGUUUCGCCCACAAUCACCAAUCAUUCUUUUUAAUGCUUGAAAUAUUGGGCCGAAACCGAAACCUUAACGUGGCUCGUAAUUUUCUUCUCUCCAUUGAGAAGAGAUCUGAUGGGGUGGUUAAACUGGAGGACAAAUUCUUUAAUAGUUUGAUUAGGAGCUAUGGUGAAGCGGGUUUGUUUCAAGAGUCUAUAAAGAUGUUCACAAUGAUGAAAAGUAUGGGGGUUUCGCCUUCUGCUGUUACUUUUAAUAUUCUUUUGUUAGUUUUGUUUAAAAGGGGAAGAACCAGUAUGGCAAAGAACGUGUUCGAUGAAAUGCUUAGCACGUUUGGUGUUACACCGGAUGUUUAUACUUUUAACAUUUUGAUUAGAGGGUUUUGUAAGAAUUCAAUGGUUGAUGAAGGGUUUAGGUUUUUUAAAGAAAUGGAAAGGUUUAAGUGUGUCCCUGAUGUUGUUACGUUUAAUACAAUUGUUGAUGGGUUGUGUAGAGCCGGUAAGGUUAAGAUAGCUUGCAAUGUCGUCAAGGGUAUGGGGAAGAAGAAUGUGGAUUUGAAACCGAAUGUUGUUUCUUAUACCACUUUGAUUAGAGGGUAUUGCAUGAAACAAGAGAUUGAUGAGGCUUUGCUUGUUUUCGAAGAGAUGAUCAGUCAAGGAUUGAAGCCUAGUGGAAUUACGUAUAAUACUCUUAUAAAGGGUCUUUGUGAAGUUAGGAAGUUUGAGAAGAUAAGGGAAGUUUUGGAGGGAGCAAAAGAAAGUGGAGGAUUUACUCCUGAUACGUGUACUUUCAACACAGUGAUGGUUGCACAUUGUAGUGGAGGGAACUUGGUUGAGGCAUUUGAGAUGUUUGAUAAGAUGAGGGAGUUGCAGGUCCUGCCAGAUUCGAGUACGUAUAGUGCUCUGAUAAGGAGUUUGUGUCACUCUAGUGAUUUUGAGAGAGCGGAGAAGUUGUUUGAUGAGCUUUCAGAGAAAGAGAUCCUGUUGAGUGAUACUGGGUGUACUCCUCUGGUUGCUGCAUACAAUCCCAUGUUUGAGUAUCUGUGUGGAAAUGGGAAGACUAAGAAGGCAGAGAAAGUUUUUAGGCAGCUAAUGAGGAGAGGAACACAAGAUCCGUCAUCUUUCAAGACUUUGAUCGUAGGACAUUGUAAGGAAGGUAGAUUUAAAGCUGGCUAUGAGCUGUUGGUUUUGAUGUUAAGGAGAGAUUAUGUGCCUGAUUUUGAGAUGUAUGAUUCGUUGAUUAACGGUCUCUUGCAGAAGGGUGAUCCUCUUCUUGCCCAGGAGACUCUAGAGAAGAUGCUGAAGAGCUCUCAUCUUCCUCGAACAUCUACUUUCCACUCUAUACUUGCAGAACUUGUGAAAAAGAAGAGUGCCCAUGAAUCUGCAAGCUUGGUAAUGUUAAUGUUGGAGAAAAAAAUUAGACAGAGCAUCACUCUUUCAACGCGUACUGUUAUUUUACUCUUUGGUAGUGGACUGAGGGAUAAAGCAUUUCAGAUUGUUGGUUUGCUUUAUGAUAACGGAUUUGUGAUUGAGAUAGGAGAAGUAAUCAGUUUCCUUUGUCAGAGUAGAAAGAUCUUAGAGGCACAUAAAAUGUUGUUAUUUAGUUUGCAGAAGAAUCAUAGUGUUGAUAUUCACCUAUACAGCACGGUUAUUGAAGGUCUAUGUAAAAUCCAUAAACUUUCAGAAGCAUUUGAAUUGUACUAUGAAUUGGUGGAGGUGGAGAAAGGGCUCCAUCAACAUUUGUCUUGCCUAGAAGAUUUGAAAAAUGCCCUAGAAGCCGGUGGAAGACCCGAGGAAGCUAAGUUUGUAUUUAAGAGGAUGCCAAAACAGUUGCGACCAAACAAAUCUCCAAAUUAAGUUCUCGGUUCCAUGACGCAAGUUAGACACAUUUCAAGGAGUCAAAAUGGGGCUUCAACCCGCAGUUGGAAUUCUAACUGCGACAUCAAGAAUCCUUGACGGAUGACACUUGUAAUCUCUGCGAGAAUUGAAGUUGCCUGUUCGAUAAACACUCUAUCGAUGGUUUGCUUAAACGAUUUGAAUCUUUUUGUAUUUCAUUUUCCUGACAUGAAACUACUUUCUGUACAUUAACCCAUUUGUUGCGUUGCAGAUAGCUACUAUGCUAGUUGAUAGAGAGCUGAUAAUCCUUGAUUAUGAUGUUUAACUCGAAGCAUUACUUCUCAACGCAAGACUGCUACCGCUGAGGCGUUUGCUAAUGUAAAGUGCUGUUGGAUUUGAGUUAACUCCAUCAUUCCUUACCUUUGUUUUCUGAAUUUCGGCAUUCCUCAGUAGUAGCCGAUAUGCUGACUAGAAGUCUAGAAAAACACUGCAUAGAUCAUAGAUUUAAGCUUUGGUUUUUAGUAAUUUUUUUUACCAUUUGCAUAUGAGAAGUUCAGGGGUUGAAAAUGUAAAAAUGAAUAGCAUAAAGACAGUAGUUUCUAUUUCUAAUUAAAUGUGGUGAAUGUAAUUUACAGCUUGAACAAACUAAUAGAAGCAUAUUUUGUUGGUUAAACAU